GGUGAUUCUGAAUACUCUCUUUUUACAUUGCUAUCACAUCUACUUCUGAUAUCAUGACUGCCUUUCUUUCGCAGUCACAGUCUCCGUCAACAAUUUUUGCUGUUCAGGGUUAGGGGAAGUUCAGCUGCGGGCGAGUAAGAACAAGGAAGAGAGAACGAGGCUGCUGUACACACAAGAAACAGAAGAAGCUAUGCCGUCAAACAAGCCUCUCCGCAUCAAGCUCAAGCUCGCCCGCAAGAGCAAGCAGAACCGUCCGAUCCCACAAUGGAUCCGUCUCAGAACCGACAACACAAUCAAGUACAACGCCAAGCGUCGUCACUGGCGUCGUACUAAGCUCAACCUUUAGUUUGCUGCUAAGAGACGUUCACCUGCAUUGUCCCUCAUCUACAAACGACACCUCUACACAUCAUUCACGCAUCUCUGCACACACUAUACUCUUUUCCAGCAGAGUUAUUGACCACACGGCAUGCAACCACUUCAAGGCGAGCACAAACAGUCAGCAACCAAUGCUGUUAUCUCUGGACGUAGCUCGCUAGGUAACGUGUCAAGUGUAAUAAAAAAGAAUUGGAAAUUUGUCAAGAAUCCAGUGCUCAUGUCAAAAACAGAAGAAAUGCUCGCGAUCGCUAUCCAU